AUGGCUUGUCCUAACUUGUUAUUGAAUAUGUUGAAAAUGUUUGAAGCCUUAUCAGCUUAUAUAAUGGUGGUCUGGUCUACUUAUUUGAUUGACUAUUAUAUGAUCAAUAAUUGUACAGGCGCACAUAGUAACAAUAUUGAAAACUCUAAUUGUGAGAUGAUUGAGAUAUUUCUUUCCUGUGUUGAACUUGCGUCGACUGCUUUAUCCAUGCUUUCAAGUGGACAGUCACAUUUUGAUCUUGUCAUGGCAAAUAUCGACUCUCCUGACUUACAUGGAUACAAACUCCUCGAACAAGCAAUUAACAUGGACAUACCCAUCAUUUUGAUGUCAGUUGAUGACAAUGAUUUCCUGGCAAUGGGAGCUCUCAAAAAUGGAGCUUUCCUCUCUAUCAAGAAACCAGUUACAGUGGACAUGUUACAUUGCCUUUGGCAACAUGUGCUGAGAGAGAGAAUGAAGCUUUACAGAAAAAUGGAAAUAAUUAUGGGAAUGGAUGCCGCUAACCAUCAUAUCGUUAAAGGAAUUGGUGACGAGAGAAGCAACAUGCAGAACAACAAUUACACUGGAAAGAAGAACAUAUGUGGACAAAACAGUUUGGACAAAGAAUUUGAAUCGGAAAAUCAAAUAAUCAACAAUAUCGUUAAGAGAAAAGUAUGCACUGAGUGGACUCAGGAUCUUCAUGUAAAAUUUAUGGAUGCUGUUGUGCAGCUUGGUGAAGGAAGGUGUUUUCCUAAAGAGAUUCUGGAGCUAAUGAAUGUUCCCGGCCUGACAAGAACACAGGUAGCAAGUCAUCUUCAGAAAUGCCGGAACAACAAUUGGCGAGCUCCUGAAGAGCGAAAAUCUCAACAAAACAAUUCUCCUGCGGACUCUAUAAACAUUGAUGUAUUGAGCCGAAAAAAGCCAAGAAGAUUUGGGUCGAUGCCUCCAAGUAAGAACACUCUGUUGAUUAAAGAGCAUCGUGAAACUGGUCAAAGUUCCAACAUCUAUAUUGCAAAUGAAAACCCAAAUGAUGGUGGACGAGGACAUGAAAAUAUAAAUAUUGCACCAAUAGUAGAUUCCCAUGAGCAAUAUCAUGAGAACUUUGUGUGUGGUCAAAGUAAUGCGAGUACGACCUCGAAUUCUUCUUCAAACUCUAGAUACCCAUUGGAUGAUUUCUUUAGUUUUCCAGACAGGGAUUGUCUGACUCAGAAUUUUUCUGGUAAACAACAAGAAGCUGAAAUGAUAAUGAAUCAAAGACAUUGCCAGAAAACUCUUCAUUUCGACCAAGUUUAUCAUGAAGAGUUUCAGUCCCAUCAGAAUUCAGCAGUGCCAAGUGUGGAAACCAGGAGCCUUGUGACUUCAGAGACGUCAAGCUUUGCAAGAGACUCUUCAGAAACCAGAGGAAAAUAA